AUGAAGAUUUUAAUUACAUUAUUUUUUGCUACAACCUUUAUGGUUUUGUUAUCAUGUGGUCUUGGUAUUACUCCAGGAACCUAUUCAUAUUAUCAUUUUCCUACCACAACUCCAUUGGAAACUGUUGAAUUUCAAGUAACCGUUCAUACUGACCCAGGAUUCUUCCACAAGACAUUUUGGAGUAACCAAUUCUAUCAAUCUAAAGGCUCGGUUGGUUAUAUUGGUAUGCAAUCAAAUGGAGGCCAAAAGAGACGUUUCCAAUUUUCAAUAUGGGAUGGUUUCAAUAGUACCACUACCAACCCAAAUGCAAGAUGUGGAACCUUUUCUGAAAAGGGUAUUGGUCAUUCAUGUAGUUUACAAGAGAAUUGGCAAUGGGGUCAUACCUUUUCAUUCCGUCUAUCAGUUUCUAAUGGUUGGGUUACUGGAACUGUUGUUGAUUUAACUGAUAAUGUUACUUAUAAUAUAGGAUCUAUUAAAACAAAUGCAACUGGAAUUACAUCAGAUCUUCAAUCAUGGGUAGAAUAUUAUGAAUGGAAUCAAAAUUAUAGUAAUUGUUUUAAUCAACCAUUCUCAUCGGCUAGUUUUAUGUUACCAAAGGGUACUGCUAAAGGUGUAAACUAUGAAGCAAUUCUAUCAUACACUAAAUCAUCAAAGAAUUGUACAUCAAAUACUAUUACCACAGUUGGUAAUCAAAUUACCCAUCGUUUGUCAAUUGGUAAUUCGGUUCGUGAUCACAUCACACCUUUCAAGACGUUUGGUGAUUUAUGUAUCGACACUGCAAGUGGUAAGCCAGAAGAGUCAAGUCUCAUUGUAUCCAAUUGUAAACCAAGCCAAACAUCUCAACAAUGGGUUGUCAGUAUGGACGGCACUAUUCGAAUGAGAGAAAACUUUUGUUUUGAUAUCAAGGGAGGUGAUUCUUCAUCUGCAGCACCAGUCAUUUCAUAUCCGUGCCAUGCUCAGCACAAUCAAUUAUGGUCUGUCCUUGGAAAGAAAAUUAAAAGUGCAAGUGGAUUUUGUUUAACCUAUUUGAAAAAGGAUCAAGGACUCACUGUUCUACCAUGUAAUAUGACAGAAGGUCAAGAAUGGAAUCUACCAUCUUCACCAUAA